UGAUCGCCCCGUACGGUCGCGCGAGGUGUCGUGAAGCCGAUCGGCGGUGUCGUGAAGCGGCACCCCCUCCCCACCCCAUCCUCCCUCCCCAGGUCUUCUUACGUCCGCCGGCCUCGCGAAUUCCAUCGCCACAGCCUGGCGACCUCCGCGCCAGCGUCGUGUCCGCCAGCGUGUAACCCUCGCAGAAACUCGUCCAAAGGCACCGAGCCCUUCGCUGACUUCGGCUUCUUUUUCCCCAACAGUGGGCUUGACUGACUCCGCUUGGCGUCGUCCAUCCACCCACCCUUCUGCAGCUUGCACCCAACAGGCCCUUCAGCUUACCCCGAGGCGAGCGAGUUGCAGCGAAACUAUUGAACAACAGACAACACCCUGCGCCCCGUCUCCGUGCACAUGGCCCUCUGUAUAGAGUAACGGUGAGAAGAUUCAGUUGUAAUUGAUAUUUACAAACGGAACAGGAGGAGUUCUCCACAAAAUCUGGGCUGUCGCCUGAUGACUCUGGGUUUGAAUUGCUGGCGAAACGUCGUACUCGAAAUUGUAAAUGUGAGUUCACUCCGCAACACAUCGGUGUGCUGAUCUAGUCACCAAUUGGCAUGCUUUGUUUACGUGACACACCUUACUAAUUGGCUGUGUCGGGUGGUGGCGGGUUUCACGAAAACACAUUUAUAUUUUUACGCGAUCUAACCCACAAAAAACUCCUCUAUUGUGGAUGAUAUUGCUCGCAAAAGCCUCCUAUGCGAAUUGCAGAUACGCCCACGUAUUCACCCACCACCUUCACGUGCAUAUUUGUGGGGCCAGUGUGACGUUGCAGGCUCGUAGCCGCAGUUGCACGCAGGAGAACCGAUGCAUAUUGCACCCAAUACGUACGAAACGUCUCGGAGCCAAGUUUUCUUGUAGCCUCGCGGUCCCCCUGAUGGCAGUUGUCUCUAUAGUGAUCAUUACUCAUGCACCUAACAGGUUAGCUGAAUUUAGAAGCUGAACUUUUCCUGUUAUUACCGUUAACGAGAGUGUUAAGGGAGUCUUGACGUUUACAGAACACACGCGUGACGACAAAGAAGCAAGGAUCCUUCAUUUAGCGUUGUCGACUAGAGGUGUGGACAAAUGCGGCUACCAAUCGUUAUCAACAUUCCCCUCGCUGUAGACACACAGAUAGACCAGUAGGGCACACACACACACACACACCUGAAGGGUACACACACACACACACACCGGUCGUCGCCACCAGCGCCACGAUGUCGUCGCUCCUGCGCCCACCGCGCACGGCGAACGUGGAGAAGAUCGAGCAGCGAAUCGUCAUCAAGUUCCUCUCCAAGGAGGGGAACAAUGCCAAGCAGAUUCACGAGCGCAUGCUGGCCGUGUACGGUGCCGGGGCGCCCAGCUACCCGACGGUGGCGCGCUGGUUCGGCGAGUUCCGGCGCGGGCGAGAGUCGAUCCGGGACGGCCGGCGCUCGGGGCGGCCCUCGGAGGCGGUGAACGCGGGCACCAUCGCGCGCGUCAAGGCCAUGGUGGCGCGGGACGGGCGCGUCAAGGUGUCCGACAUGGAAAGGGAGGUGGGCAUCUCGCACGGCAGCGUGCUCACCAUCCUGCACGAGCACCUGGGGCUGGCCAAGGUGUCGGCGCGGUGGGUGCCGACGCGCCAGUGCCAUGGGCCGGAGGAAAACGGGCCGCGGAACGGCGUGGCGGCGGCGGCGGCGGCGAUGAUGGCGGAGGAGGAGGUUGUGGAAGGAACGACGGUGGAGGAGGAGGAGGGAAUGGAGGAGCGUGGAGCCACGGGGCGAUCGCCGGCGCCGUCGUACCUGAAGACGAAGGGGGGAGAGAGAUUGGACACGAGCGGUGAUGGGGGAGCGGGGGAGAGGCGCGUGGGGAAGUGAUGACUGCCAUGAGGCUGCUGAUGGUCUUGACCUAACCCUGAAAAUAGCGAUAGAACCCUAACACAAGCAGGAACUUUGAAACUAGCCCUGGCACUACCGAUAGCCUUGAUGCUAGCGACAACCUUGACUCAAGUGAUAACACUAUAUCUAGCCCUGAGAAAACCCUGACACCUAGCGCUUACAUUUGCCCUAGCAGUAACCCUGGCACUAGCAAUUUCCCCUACAGCCAUUCCUGACAAGUGAUAGUGUUAACCAUAGCCGUAACGGUAAACCUAACCCCAAACCUAACAAAAAAUCUCAUUAACUUAAUAGCAUCGUUCAUGCAAAUUGUAUCUCGCAGUCACUGAGGAACCACAGACCAUGCUGGAAGGCUGCCAGGGUGGUGAGCCGGUGCCAACAAUUGCUCUGCAGUUCUCUAUAUAUUAAAAUGUUUUCAGCCAAUGGGUGAGUGUUUAUACUCCAUGUGUGAGAGGAAACCGGAGCACCCAGAGAAAACCCACACAUACAGGAGGCAAUACUAUCCCUCUAUCUCAUCAAGAAGGGAUGGAUGAUAUCAGUCGACAUCUUGCUGUACUGCAUUUUGCUGGGGUCUUGCACCUCAACGCAACAUUGUCGUUUGUGUGAUACACCAACCCCCGUUGCCUCCACAGUGCUGGAUUACAGGCCACGUGCAUAGCCACCACUACUAUCCCUAAACCGAGCCCGCAACUUACAUUCUGCCCCGAAAUAAAAUGUUCAGGCAUCACUCUAAACCUAAAACCGAACCCUUAACAUAUCCCCAAAACCUUAUAAACAAUAACCCAGACACCAACCUAUUAACGUUAACCCAAAAACCUUACCCCAAACAUAACACGAGCUUCAAAUCAGCCCAAACCCCUUUGCAAAAUCUUCACACUAACCAUAACCCACAGCCCAUACUUUCACAGUAACCUAUUGGCUGCAUUUCUGUGCUGUUUUUGUUUUGUUAUUUUGUCAUUUUUCUGACCUCAUGCCACGCUUGAAAAUGAGACCUUGUCCGGUUGAAUAAGAUACACUUCAAGAAAACCUCUAACCCAUGUUCAACCCAACCCCAACCAAACCAUUGAAUUAAUCCUAAACCAUAAAACUACCCACACUCCUCGCGCUAAAGCCCUUUACAGGCGACCCACGCACGCACCCACAAGCUAAUUGGUUCCUGGACGACGGUCGUAAGUCGAAGCCAUUGUAAGUCGAAGCCUCGUUUCUCAUAGGGCACAAUGUUAUAUAUUGGGGUUCCGUUCCUGGAAACCCAUUACAGUACCAUAAAAAUACCAAAAUUGAGCACGAAAAUAACUGAAAAUAACCUUAACAAACAUUGUAACUGAACAUAACUUUUACAAACAUUUAAGUUAAAACAAACACAUUUUAAAACGAUUUAGUACUUCUCUGCAUGUGCAUCACAUUUCCUUUUCUCGGACAUAGCAAAAGGCGAAAAAAAAUAAAAAUUUGAAGAAAAUGUACAAAAAAGUGAAGACCGAUGAUCUUGUUCAAUAGCGCUCUCUCUCGCUUUGCUGCGAUGGCCGUUCACGUUGGCACCGGUUAUUGCUACGUUUUGACCCCGGGUCGUUUCCCUUGUAUCGUGUUGUGAUGCUCGACGUCUUGACUAAAACAACCGCGCUAUAAUAUUUAA